AUGUCGGCCUACGACGAAAUUGAGAUCGAGGAUAUGGACUGGAACGAGGAGCUGCAGGCGUACACCUACGCGUGCCCUUGCGGCGACCUCUUCCAGAUCACGCUGGAGGAGCUGCGGCGCGGGGAGGAGAUCGCGCACUGCCCCAGCUGCAGCCUCUUCAUCAACGUGAUCUACGACCAGGCGGACUUCCCGCCGCAGGACGGGGAGUCGAGAGCAACGCUCGUGCCCCCUGUGGCGUAA